AGAUAACACUUUGUUGAGUGAAACCAAGUGUGUAUUAGUAGUAGUAAGUGAGAGGCCGGAGAAGGAACCACUAUGGGCUCCGUGUACCAGCCAUUAUUACUCGGGCUUGACUCACAUGCUCGGAUUCCGGACCUGUCGGCGGAUGCCAUCGAGGAGUUUCUGGGGCAGCGCCCGGUGCAGGCACGGUGGUGGCCCAAGCUUGUUGCUUGGGAGUCAAGGAUCCUAUGGCUGUUGUCUGGCGCCUCUAUUGUUGUGUCCAUUUUCAAUUACAUGUUGAGCUUUGUGACAUUGAUGUUUGUUGGCCAUUUGGGUACACUUGAACUUGCUGGAGCUUCCAUUGCCAGCGUUGGAAUUCAAGGUCUUGCUUAUGGAAUCAUGUUGGGCAUGGCCAGUGCAGUUCAAACAGUGUGUGGGCAAGCAUAUGGGGCCAGAAAAUUGCCAGCAAUGGGGAUCAUAUGCCAGAGAGCAAUCAUUCUACAUAUAGGAGCAGCAAUACUUUUGACAUUCUUGUACUGGUAUUCUGGGUCAGUCUUAAAAGCCAUAGGGCAAUCUGAAAGCAUAGCAGAGCAAGGCCAAGUUUUUGCAAGAGGAAUCAUCCCUCAGCUUUAUGCAUUUGCCAUAAGCUGCCCUAUGCAGAGGUUCUUGCAAGCACAGAACAUAGUGAACCCUCUGGCUUUUAUGUCUGUGGGAGUGUUCCUUCUUCAUGUGGGCCUAAGUUAUCUGGUUGUCUAUAUCUUGGACUAUGGACUUAUUGGGGCUGCUCUUACUCUUAGCUUCUCUUGGUGGGUCCUUACCAUUAUAAAUGGCCUUUACAUAAUUUUUAGCCCCAGGUGUAAAGAAACUUGGACUGGCUUCUCUGUCAAAGCUUUUAAAGGCAUGUGGCCUUAUUUCAAGCUCACUGUUGCCUCUGCUAUUAUGUUAUGUUUGGAGAUAUGGUACAAUCAAGGACUUGUGCUUAUAUCAGGACUCCUUCCCAACCCUACAAUAUCACUAGACUCAAUUUCCAUUUGUAUGAAUUACCUGAACUGGGACAUGCAGUUCAUGUUGGGUCUAAGUGCAGCAGCCAGUAUAAGAGUGAGCAAUGAACUAGGAGCAAAUCAUCCAAGAUUAGCAAAAUUUUCAGUGUCUGUAGUGACUGGGACAAGCAUCCUUAUCAGUGUAGUUUUCAGUUCAAUUGUCCUGAUAUUCCGGGUCGCUUUGAGCAAGCUCUUCACUUCUGAUGAAGCAGUGAUUAAAGAAGUCUCUAAUUUGUGUUCAUUGCUUGCUAUCUCUGUUUUCCUCAAUGGCAUUCAACCUAUACUUUCGGGUGUGGCAAUUGGAAGUGGAUGGCAAGCUGUAGUGGCUUAUGUGAACUUGGCUUCAUACUAUGCGAUUGGACUUACCAUUGGAUGCGUUCUUGGCUUUGAAACCUCUUUAGGAGUAGCUGGAAUCUGGUGGGGGAUGAUCAUUGGAGUUGUUAUACAGACAAUUACUCUAAUAAUUAUAACAGCAAGAACAAACUGGGAUGCAGAGGUCCAAAAAGCCGUUGCAAGAGUGAAGAGAUCAGAAAAUGAGAAUAUUGAUCAGUUGGUUGGAAAUGUUUAGAGACAUUUAGAUCAGUAGAAUGAAGCUUCUUGCACAAAAAUCAAUUUUGGGAAUGAAAAUUUUGAAUGACUCUGUGUAAGAUCA